AUGUCCCAAUCUGACCAACAGAACAACCAGUCAGAUCUCCUUCCAGAAGCUCCCAACAACAACACCCAAGAUGAGGCUCAAGACCCUUCACCAAUUACCUACAUGCCCAGGGACAGCGCCCAAGACCCUCCUCCAUCCAUUCUCUACACUCGCCGGGUCAGCAUCCAAGAACAUCCACCCACUGUCCACACUCGCCGGGUCAGCAUCCAAGAACAUCCACCCACUGUCCACACUCGCCGGGUCAGCAUCCAAGAACAUCCACUCAUUCUCCACACUCCACCCAUUCUCCACACUCGCCGGGUCAGCACCCAGGAGACAGCACCCAUUAGUAACGAUAACCAAACAAGUACCCAGGAGACACCACCACCCAUUAGCAGCAGUCGCCGAGUCAGUAUUCAAGAGACACCACCAAUUAUCCACAGUUCCCAUUUCAAUACCCGAGACGUCCCACCAAGUUUCCAAACUCGCCGCUUCAGUGUCCGCAGGUCUUCGUUAGUUUCCCCCAUCCCCUUGACCUGUAUACAGUCAGUCGCCUGCACGACUGAAGACACUUCUGAAGACGACCUGCCAACAACCCAGACUCGCCACUUAAGUAUUAAAGGCUCGAAAGUAGCAAGCCGGGCCCAAGUGGAUGUCCCCCCUUCAAUUACUAACAGUCCCCAGGCCAGUAUCGAAAGCAUUGAUUCAAUUCUCUGCGCCUCCCAGGAGGUUUUCAAAGACUCUUUGUACAGCUUCCAAUUCAGCACAAGUUCAGACGACAGCACCAUCUACAGUAUACCACCAGGAAGCUUCGUGGCCAGUUCUAGCGGGUUUCAAAGUGGGCAAUUUCGCAGAUAUUCACAGCUGCCCAUAGGCACCCGGCUGCUGCAUGAGGCCAAGAAGAUCAGCCGCCUGCUGAGCCUGGUGCUGAGCCUGUUUGGCAUGGCGAUCCUCAGUCUCAUCACUCUAGGCCAGCCCUGGAUCCACUUCCAGGUGCCACUGUUGCCUCCUGGGGACCCUGCUGGGCCCAAGACCAUCCCCAUCAACACUAUCUUCUUUUUGCGGUGUGCUGACAUCUCCUGCCUGCGCGAGCAAGACCACAAAGCUUGUAAGGCCUGCCUUAGCCUCCCCACUCCUGGGACUCAUUUCUCCUCUGUCCCAGGGGCCCCUUCCUGCCUUCCCUGGGAUGACCCCACUGCCCCAGGUUUGUCCUGUCUCCUCUGCGAUGGUCCUCACUCCCGCCAGAUCACCCUCCCUUCCCCAGGAUGGUCCCCACUGCCCCAUCCUCACCGCCUUGCACCCAUCUUCACCUACACGCUCCAUCCUCUUACCAAUCUCCAAGCCCUCAGUAUCCCCAGCCACAGCCCAACACCAGCCUCAACCUCCUCCAGCCCUUAUCACUCAGACUUCACCUUCUGCCGGGUACCCAACUCCAUUUCCAGCCCCAGCCCCAGCCGCAGCCCAAAUCCUGUCUCACCACCACCACCCGCUCUGUGA